AUGCAUAUGACCUCCGUCACCGCCGCCGCCGCGCCAGCUGCCACCGGCGCCGAGCUGGUCGUGCCACCGCUGCCGCCCAGGCUGCCCAACGACGCGAGCCAGGAGGAGAAGGCGGCGCGCGAAGCCAUCAUGAAGGAGCGCCGACGCAUCCAGAAGGCGAUCAACGAGCAGAAGAGGGGCAAGCGGGAUCGCAGCGAGCGGGAGCAGCUGAGUGGUGCGCAACAUCGCAAGCAGGCUGAAGCGGAGGCGAAGCGAGCCGACGCCAACCGCCGCCGCCAGUCCGUCUCCCAGCACCGCCGCGCAGCUCGAGAGAAGAAGCGGCCGAGGCUCGGCGAGAGCUUCGGCUCGAUUCGACAACGCGAGGAGCAGCGACUGCUGGGCAACUCGUUCGUCUUCGAGGACCAGCGCGUGCGCGUGUGCGAGGGCGUCGCGUGUGGGCCCUCGUGCAAGACGGCUGGGCAGUGCGGCACUGUGCUGCGGCGCGCCGAGCUGUGCGUGCAGGAGAAGGGCGGCAGCGUGAGCAGCUUGAAGCUGAGCAGCGCUGGCUUUGCGCAAAUCGAGGGGCCGCAGCACUUCCACACGGUGCAGCUCGACGACGUCAGCACGCCGGUGAUGCUCUCACCCUACCACGUCCAGCCCUGGCCGGCCAUCGGACAGGAGGUCGGCUGGAUGCCGUCCGAGCCGCAGGACAUCGCCACCGUCAAGUACUUUCACAACACGCAGGACCCGGACUUCGACGUGGACGAUCCCGAGGACAACAGCUAUUACGUGCUCUCGCGGCCGUUCUACGCCUUGCCCGCCCACGUAGAGGUUGUGGCGCCGGUGGGCGGGCGCGUGCGCGUGGGCUCUUGGGUGAGGCUGCGCGAGCCCCACCCCGAGGCUGACCCUGACGACGGCGCGUGGGGCUUCCGCGAGCCGCCGCCCGCCGUCGCCGCCGAGAUGCUCUCUAGCGUGGGCCGGACCGAGCUGACCCCGGCGGACGUGGAGCGGCUCAUGUCCACGCCGCAGAUGGCUGUCGCGAGCGCGCAUGUGCUCGUCGUCAAGUCCAUCUGCGAGGACUGCGGGCAGUGUCUCGAGCUCGAGGACACCUUCUACGCAUCUCACCGCGAUCUCACGCCGCUCAUCCCUGGCUGGGAGCAGAGAGAGCCAUGUCGCUUCCACUGCACCUACGACCACCAGUACUUCGUCUGGUUCGACUGCGCUGCCGACGAGAAGAUCGUCGCUCCGAAUAUCACAUUCAGCAACGUGAGCUCCUCGCCGGAUCCGGUGGUGCACGGCGCGCAGCAGGUCAUACGAAAGGUCGUGCAUUACAAUGGCACGGACACGCUCACCAAUGUGACGGCGACGCUCUCGCAGUAUUGGAAGGUCCUCGGCAAAUGGGUGCGCUUCCUCAAGAUCGACACCGACGUUUGCAAGGAGCACGCUGGCGCGUGCCCUUUUGCACCUGGCGAUGCGCACGCCCUCACCACGCACCACCCGCCGCUCCACUGGGGUACGCCCUACGGCUGGUAUCGCUCCAAGCAGGUCUUCACAAACACGCUGACGGGCGAGAGGCUCGGCUGCUUAGACGAGCGCUUCGAGUACUGCAAAGACAGCAACUCAUGCAAGAAGGACAGCAGCGCUUGA